UAAAAUUGUUUGGAUAAGUCCUGACCGUUCUGCUGUUUUGUUUUCAAAAGAUCUUGGUGUGAAAGAAAGAAUACCAUUAGCUUUUAAGCAUGUUUUAUAAGAAAUAUGGAAACAAUUUCUGAAAUGUGCCCUGCUGUCUCCCUCACUCCUUACUGCAUGCUUUGAGAGAUGUAUGUAAAAACUGUGAAAUGAGUCCUUUGCUACAGUUUUUGCACUUUGACAAUAGGUCACCAUAGAAGGGCCCUUCAGGGUCCAUUUCCUUGAACUAAGUACUGUGAAAGGCUCUUUGGGAUGGUGAAACAUUUGUCACCAUGUGCGUCAUUAUCCGUGUGCAUUGGAACAUGAACAAGUUGCAGGUGCAAAUAUUUACCACCGUUCACACACACGUCGAUCCAGAGUACAAACAUGUAGCUAACUGUGUACCAGUGGCUUGGCUUAAUCUCUUUGCUUCUCAUAACAAAAUGUAACACUUGUGUGGGCUUAAAUAGAUGCAGAGUAGAGGCAACAUUACAUCAUGGGUGCUCAUAAGUACACCACUCACCAAGUUGGCCUGCUCGACAUGGGGCACCAGCAGUGGAUGUACGACAGCUUGUUAAAUCAAGAGGCUCUCAAAAAAGCCAGAAAGCAUGAAAUAGCCAUCAGGCUGCCAAAGAUUUCCUCGUCCGACGACUCUGAGUACAUCACACCUGUACCUGCAACAAGUGCGCCCUGUAACACACCUGAGGUCUGCUACCUGCCACCUGUCCCAGGUGCUUUACCUGCCACCUGCAGGUGUUCUGAAGGAAGGGACUUCAAGUUCAAGUUCAAGCGAUACAACGACAAUGAUAGACACGAUUCAUGGAGAAACAAUACUGUUGUCAGUCGUGUUGAUAUCGGGAAGUAUCUCCCAAAGAAUAGUUCACAAACAUCUGAACUUCACAAUGACAACGACAGUACUGCGAGAUAUUGCAGAAAGAAGCGACAGAAUUAUAGAAAAUUUGGCAUUCGCAACUCCGAGAGGGAUAGAACUGAACUGCCGUACCUUGAUGUUCAACAAGGCCCAAGAAAAUGUGAAGAUAUGCAAAGGCAUCACCAAAGUAAGCAUGAUGGUAAGAAAGAAGCGAAGUGUGCCAAAGUUAUGAUAGUCAUUCCUUGUGGAACAGCAAAUGAUCAAGAUGAGGACUUGACAAAAGACAGAUCUUUUUCUGAUGUGAACACACCAGAAAAAGUAAACCAAGGCAUGAAAACAAGUAAGAUGACCAAACUGCCUCCGAUUAAGACUUCCUCUAGGCAGAAAAUGCUGAUGGAAUUACCCAGAAUACCUGUGGGCGAGGAAGAUCUGACGCAGUCCAUGGCAAGGCAGUCUGCUGUUCCCUGUCUGAAGGAAGAGACACACCUGGAGUUGUCAGGAAGUCACACAAUUCAGACUCACGAUAGACCUUCACUGUCUUUACCAAAUAUUCCUUUUGUUCAUACUCAAAAUCUUCUUUUUACAUAUCCCAGUUAGCCACAUUGAACAUUACAAACUAAAAUUGAUUAUCCCAGUUUCCAAAUCAAUAUAAAAUUUAAAAAAAAAAAAAUAUUUUCAAGUACAUAAUGUCAAUGUCACUCAGACUUAUAAUUUGAACUGAAAUCCUUUUAAAUACUACAAUUUCACUAAUUAAGGUUUCUGUAGUUCUCAGAAUCGCCUUUCCUGUUUUUCUGAAAAUGACAAAAAAAUUCACCACACCUUCCAUUCUGUAAAUUUCCAUCAUUAAAUUACUUUUUUUGCAGUCCAACAACUUUCCAGCAUAGUGUAUUGGCCUACCUUUACAAUGUGGGCACAUUCAUCAUUGCAGUGAAAUUUUUAUUCAUUAAGGACAUAAUUAGGUACUUAACUGUGACUAUGAGUUAAAAAUAUACUUCUUCUUUAUGUUUUGUAUUAGCCCAUAUCUUUACCCCCGAUUUCCUGGAAUGUAAAAAACAGAAUUCCCCUGUCACUCCAUAUUUUCUCUAAAACAAUCCAAGAACCAACAAAUUGAAUUGACAUGGGCUUAUUAAUCAUUUUCUGCAUUAUUUUCUAUUGUGUGGAGACAAUAAAGAUAUGUUUACAUAGCUACGUGUAUGUAUGCCCUGCCUUAAUGAUAUCAAUGGAGAAACUAACAAUCUAUGUAUAAUGAGAUCUUCCAGGGUUCAAAGGUUAUAUUGACACAGAAACAGGAAGUUGUGUGCAUGGUUUCACAUCCCUUAAGGCUGGCAAGCACAGACUGUGGCGCCAUGUCUACAAUCCUGUGUACCGAGAAUAGCUUUCAUUCAUCGAUAUCAAAACAUAUUUCUGCAGUAUCCCAGGGUGACAGAGCAUUGCAAGCGGGUAACUAUGAUACAGCAGAAUGUAUAUUUGCACAGGCCUUAAAGGUGGCAAUCCGUGAUAACGAUGUUUGUUUACAAGGCUUAUGUCUACAAGGCAUGGGGGAUGUCUACAUACGAAGGGCUAUCAAUCGGGCCAGCAACAGGGGAAGGCAGGUCACCAAGGCAGCAGCAUUGUACAACGCCGCCAUGACCUGGGCGCCAGGAGACCAGCACUGGAAAGAUGUCAUGGUCCACAGAAUCAAGUAUGUUGAGAAAUGUUUCCUUGUCUGGGUGGGGCGCGGUCGGCAGUGCCAAGUUUCACUUCCUUACAGUAAUGACCUCCAACAUAAAGCUCGACUGAAGAAUAUUCGCAAGGAGUGUAAAGUGCUGUUGCAGUGUACUGAAAUGCUAUGCGAUUUCAGUACUAGUGGUGACCCCACAAAAUCCAGUGACGUUAAGAAUAAAGAAGCAAACUGGGUGGAAGCUGUUCGUUCUAUGUUCCACACAACAGCGGGACGAAUGAAAGACUUUGUGAGGCAGCUGUUAGCAGAAUGCAGGGAGACUUUGGGUCAGCCACCCUGUACGUACGCCAUCAUAGGCCUGGGGUCCAUGGCUAGGGAGGAAAUGACACCGUACUCUGAUUUUGAAUUUGCAAUACUGCUGGAGGAGGAAGCAAAAGAGCAGCAUAAAAAGUAUUUUCGUAACCUCACGUCACUCCUUCAUCUGAAAGUGAUAAAUCUCGGAGAGACCAUCCUGCCUUCGAUGGCUAUCACGUCGCUGAACAACUUCAACUCGAACGACAUAGAAGACAACUGGCUCUAUGACUGGAAAACACCGAGAGGGUUUGCUUUUGACGGGGCCAUGCCUUCUGCAUGCAAAACACCUCUAGGCAGAGAGGCAGUCGAUGGAAAGCCUGCCUUAGAACUUAUCAUGACUCCCACGGAAAUGGCAUCCCUCCAAGAGAAGCAAGCCUUGGCUAAAGAAGAUCACGAACACUUGUCUGAGAUCCUAUCAACUGUCACUUGGAUAGAAGGAGACAAGAGGCUGGUGGAAGACUACCAAGGAAGAGUUGAUUCAGCCACACCAAACUUGGUCAGGAAGGCAGUAAUCACCCUCUUUCACGAUGCAAACAAGUAUCAAAAGGACAUAAAUUCCAUCUACAAACCCGGAUUCCAAUAUGAUGUGAAGAAAGAGAUCUACCGUUUCCCAACGUUGACAAUCAACAAUCUUGGUAUUUGCUUCGAAUCAAAGAGGAACACUCCCUGGGAGGUCAUUGAUGCUCUGAGAGACAACAAGCACAUCUCGGAGAUGGGAGCGCACAACCUAAGUGUGGCAAUUAGCAUAGCCACCCUGUUACGUCUGCAGACAUAUCUUGCAUAUGGUAGGCAAAAGGAAGGAGUAACUACACUUCCCGUCCUACAACCGAAGGAGCAAAAAAGUGGGGAGCAAGAUCUGCUGCACAAGCUAACAAGCCCUGCUCUGCUGAUGCGUUUCUACCAGACCAACAUACCCUUACAGAUCUUUGUUUAUGUAUCUGUGAUGAUGAGCGUUCCUCCCGCCCUGAUAAAAGUACAUCCAAAGCUGGUCGCACAGUUUCUCUCAGAAUAUGGGAGUUCAGAGGAAAGUGCCACAGACGAGGGAUCCAUAGAAGUCACCUUGGCUGGUUCACCUUCUCUAUUGGAAAAUCUGAUGUCGCUUGUCAAAACUCUUGAAAAUCCAUUUAGAAUAAAGCCCUUAGCAUUUUCACAAGCACAGUCAGGCAAUGGUCCAAGCAAUGGUGUUGGCCAAAAUCCACAAGCACAUAAAAACUUGCACAAAGAAACAGAAACAGCAUCUGAUCCUGAAAACCAGCCUGAAUACGUGGAAAGAAUUUUUCAGAUGACAUUAUUCCAGUACAGCCUACCUGGAAAUGUGUCCGAGCUUCUGGGUGAUGAAUUCUACUGCAACAGUGACCUGCUGAGGGGACUCAUUCAUUUCAGACUCAUGAACUAUAAGGAAGCAGAGCCCCUCCUCAGGAUUGCAUACCACAAGAAACCAACCAGACUCUUACACUGUUACCUCAUGACUCUACAAAGCCUUGGGAAGUAUGCUGAGGCACUGAAAGUAACCGAGGAAUUUACAGAACUGCAUCAGUUGUCUUUCGAUAGCUGCUUUUCGUUGGCACAUUUAUACAUUCGCAUUGGGCAGUUUCAGAAGGCUCGUGCAGCCUGCUUGAAAUCUCUGGACACAUUGGAAAUCAACUUUGAUGCAGAACUAUGGGAAAUCUUGAUAAAGUUGCAACUCGCUGAUAUUUCUACCAAUCUUGGAGAAAUCAACAGGGCAAAGGAGCUAGCAGUGGAGAUAGAGCAAAUGACCUUUAAAACUGAUGAAGAACAGAUAAAAAGGCAACCCUUGGUGAUAUUGAAUAUCAGAUUCAACUUGGGUAUAUUGUUCUCCUCACUGGGCCAGGUAGUUCGAGCAUACUCCUGGCUCCAGAAGACCAUACAAAUGUGCAACACGAUCUUUGGUAUGAAUGUAGCUCAUCACAUUACAGCAUCAUGCUUUCGGGAGCUGGCUCGCAUCAUGAACAUGUGUCGCGAUAGCGACUACAACACAGCUCUUUGGUACGGAGACUUGUCCCUGAAGAUGAUACAAAACAAUUUGUACAGUGAUAACACUUAUCACCCUGACGUCAUCAAAAGUCUCAACGUUCUGUUCGACAUUCAUUGGGAGCUGGACAACAAUGAGCAAGCUGUGAAGAUAGCCGAACAGGCACUGGAACUAGCUGGAAAGACGAUCGGCAUUAACAAGACAAACCUUGCCCAGGUAUAUACCAACCUAGGAAAGGUAUGCAGUGAUACUGGGUCCCAUUCUAAAGCUAUCUGGUGCCAUGAGGAGGCACUGCGCAUUGACCGAGAACAUUACCACAACAAGCCCUCGGGAAACACAGCGGUCAGUUUGGAAGGCCUGGGCAUCGCGUACUGGAAAGCAGGGAACUAUACGAUGGCAUUCAAGCAUGUGCAAGAAGCACUUCACAUGCAAGAGGAUCAUUACGGAAAGGACACACCCAGUCCUAACACCGCUGAAAGUCUCCGCCUUCUGGGUUUCAUCAAAAAGGACAUGGGUGAUCACAGUGAAGCUGUACGGUACCUUGAAAGAUCUCUCUCCAUGAUGACAGAGGUUUUUGGUGGUCGCAUGACUGACAGAAUGGUUGAGACUAUUCAAACACUUCAGGAACUCGGAUGGAUGCCAAAGUAAAAACUGCCAGUUUUUGUUAUUACUCAUUUCUAGCUUGCAUAUAGGAUUCAUGUCAGGAGAUUAUGGCAACAAAAUUUUGAUCCCUGAUCUACGUGUACUUGACAGAUAAUACUUGAAAAUAUGAGAUUGGCGUACAAAGUGUGAAUAGGUUCUGUUAAGUACUAGUACUCACUUGAGUAGCUUGGAUGUUACAUGUUAAGCGAUGCAAAUUACAUGUACUAGGUAAUAUAAAAUUUGUAUUAGCAUGGGCAAGGGGGUGAAGGACUGCUGAGCCUUAUGAUAACUGAUUAAGGUUUCAAAAUCAUCUCUAUUCAGAAAUGUAAUCUCUAGUCGUACGCACUGCUGUUUUAGGAAAGCUAGCCUGAGUACCAUCCUCCGUAGUGACCACUGACUCAGUAGUCAGUACUUACCACGUUUAGCAAGCAAAAGUACUGAGCCAGCGG